UGUCAGGCAAUAUACAAGAUGUUCUACAAAGACAUUAUCACAAGACCAUUAAAUUUGGAUUCAUGUUAAUCAUCUUAAUGAUGGUUGCUUUGGCUAUCUCCAUUGUUACUUUUGUGAUACUAGCAAUAAGAGCAGCAAGAAGAGAAAUGUAUCUGUGUGCUGCACUUAUAAAACAAAUGGAAGCAACUCAGCAAGCUGAAAGGAUUAGUAUGAACAAAACCACUGCAUCUGCUCGCGCAAAUCAUGAUGUUCGAGCUUCUCUUGCUGGUAUCAGUGGAUUGAUUUGGAUGUGUCGCCUUCAGGCGUCGCCUGAAUCCAAACUGGUGAAGUAUUUGGAUCGUAUGGAAUCUUGCAAGAACGAUCUUUUAGACAUGUUGAAUUCGAUUCUCGAUCAAAACAAGAUUGAAGAAGGGAAGAAGCAACUUAGAGAAGAAGAAUUCGAUAUGGAAGAGCUGCUGGAACAUGUCGUCAGCAUCUAUUACACAAAUGGAGCAAUGAAGAAUGUAGACGUGAUACUAGAUCCAUGUGACGGUUCUGUCACGUGGUUCUCUCGUGUUAAAGGAGAUAGGAUUGAAUUGCAACGAAUCUUGAAUAACUUGUUACAGAAUGCAGAUAAGUUUACGUCAGAAGGACAUAUUACUCUUCGAGUUUGGGCUCGAAAACUUGGUUUUGAUCAGAGCUCCAAUCCUGUUCCGAAUACAAGGAUUACUAGCAUUGGUUGCAUGUCCUGCUUACGUUUACAUAACGAUGAAUCUUCAGCAGAAGUGCGAGUACUGAAUACAUUUCAGGAAGAUCCCAACUGUGUGGAGUUCACAUUCGAGGUAGAUGAUACUGGGAAAGGAAUUCCGAAAGAGAAUCACAAGUCAGUUUUUGAGAAUUAUGUUCAAGUGAAUGAUCAAACUUCUGUUCAUGGAUCACAAGCAGGAACUGGCUUAGGCCUCGGCAUUAGUCAGUCGUUGGUUCGGUUAAUGGGAGGUGAGAUAGGUAUCGUCGACAAGGGCAUUGGUGAAAAGGGCACCUGCUUCAGAUUCAACAUUUUCCUCUUAGCAUGUGAUCAGACUCAAGCUCACAAACAUCAAACAAUUCGUGUUGAUUAUGCAAGAGAAGACGAUUUGGAAUCACAAUUGGGAGGAGGUUAUAUAUCUAGUGACUCCUAUUAUCAUUCAGUGGCAAGUGAUAAUAGUAUCACUAGCCAUCAGAAACGAGAAAAUUCCAGUGUCAUUCUUUUCAUCAAAGAGGAGGAAAGAAGCCGAGUUCUUCGUAGAUUCAUGAAGGACAUAAUAGGCUUAAAGGUACAUGUUGUGAAUCGACACGAGCAGUUUUCUCAGACUCUCAAGAAGGUGAAAAAGAAGAUAAUCAACCUUGCAUCAUACAACUCCUCGUCCUCGGAAACAUCAAAGGACAUUCCCCUUAGUGCUCUAGACAGACCCCUUAGUGCAUUCAUCUCGAUCAUAAUUGACACAGGUGUUGGACUAACACGAGAAAUGAGUCGUGCUAUGGCUGAAUUCCGAAAGGACUUUCCUAAGAAUGUGUCUCUACGAGUUGUUUGGCUCGAUAAACCAGGCUUAGACGAGGACAAGCUACCUUCAACAGAUAUAGUCAUGGAAAAACCACUGCAUGGUUCUCGUUUAUAUCAUAUCCUCAAAUUUACACAGGAAAUAAAGGACGGGACAACUUCAAGAAUCAAGAUUCAACAAUCUCCAGUACGACAAGAUGUUUCUGUUGAUGCAAAAGGAGCUGAUUCUAGUAAGAAGCUACCUUUAACGGGAAAGAAAAUCUUGGUGGUUGAAGACAAUGCGACGUUACUAAUGGUUUGCAGAAUUGCGGUUUCUAAGCUUGGUGCAACCACUUACGCAUGUAAAAAUGGUAGAGAAGCUGUAGAUAAAGUUUGCGAAGGCCUCAGUAAUCGACGCCAUAUAGGGCCUUCCACUUCUUCACCGCCAUUUGAUUAUAUUCUGAUGGAUUGUGAGAUGUCAGAGAUGAAUGGAUUUGAAGCAACCAAACGCAUUAGGAAAGAAGAGGCGCGUUAUGGAAUCCGAAUUCCUAUAAUAGCUUUUACAGCACAUACAGAAAAGGAAGAAACCGAUAAGAUUUUUCAAGCCGGAAUGGAUUAUUACAUACCUAAAGAAAGCAAAGGUAAUGAGAUUUUGAAAGCCAUAGAUUAUAUAGAGCAUAGACGUGUUUAAAAAAUGCUCGAGCUUUAUUACAUAUUUGUUAUUCGAGACAUAAAGUAAAAGUUUAUA